CAUUAGCAGUAUACUGAUCAAGAAACGCCAACGAUUAACCUUUUUUUUUUUGUUUUACUAUGAUUUACUUAGCUUCUGUCCGUCCCUCCACCAACGUGGUUGUGAUCACUUCUCCUUUGUCUCCUGCUUUCUCUCCCUCCACCAACGUGGUUGUAACUUCUCCCCCCUUGUCUCCUUCUCUCUUACCCUCCACCAACGUGGUAGUGGAUCCUUCUUCUUCCUCUUCUUCUUCUUCUUCCUCCUCAUCUACGGCCGCUGGUGUGACCAAGGCAAAGAUUGUGGAUAAUGACGCCCUUGCUAGUACAACUUGGGACCGAAUCUAUCAAGCAGCCCCCAAGCGCGAUUUCCCUGUCCCUCGUCGCCCACCAAGACCAAUCCCAAAGAGACCUCCUUCCUUCUCUUCUUCUUCCUCCUCCUCCUCCUCCUUCUCCUCAUCUAUGGCUGCUGGUAUGACCAAGGCAAAGGUUGUAGAUAAUGACGCCCUUGCUGGUACAACUUGGGACCGAAUCUACCAAGCAGCCCCCAAGCGUGAUUUCCUUGUCCCUCGUCACCCACCAAUCGCAAUCCCAAAGAGACCUUCUUCCUUCUCUUCCUCCUCCUCCUCCGCCGCUGUCACCGCCAAAUUAAAUCCGCUGGCCGGGUUUGAUUCAAGCAAAAACUACCAGCAGGAUCUGGAACGUCUUCUCGCUGCCUGCCGUCGUUAAUCUCUUCUGUGUUUUUUUUUUCUUUGUCUUCUCCCAUUUUUUUUUUUUAUUUUAUUUUUAUCGUUAUCUCUUCUUUGUAUAUAUUAUGACUUUAUAUUCGAAU